GGAGGACAAGAAGAAGAAGAAGAAGAAGAAGAAGUUUAGCAAGUGUAUCAAGCUAGCUGAUAAUUGCUACAAAUACACAGCAUUUUCACUCUCACAUGUUACUAUAUAUAUUAAGCUGUUUUAAAACAUACCAACUUUGGGUAGAAAAACAUUCAGACUCAUACUCCGGUAGGUAGGUGGCGGUAUAAUACUGAUAGUUGUUUGUUGACUACCAGAGAGGGAAGAAGAAGAAGAAGAAGAAGAAGCAGCAAAAGAAGAAGCAUGGCUGCUGACAUGAGAUUACCAACUAUUCAGAAACCAGUGUCGCUUACAGUUUCUUCUUUCGACCGAAAAGAUCUAGUCGUCCCCGGCGAUGUUAUCACUUCAGACACCGGCUUCAUGAGGGGUCAUGGUACCUAUGUUGAUGAAGACAAGCUGACGGCUUCAGUUGCUGGAGAGGUGCAGAGAGUUGACAAGCUGAUCUGUGUCAGACCACUUAAGACCAGGUUUAACGGUGAGGUUGGAGAUGUGGUGGUUGGCAGAAUCACAGAGGUACAACAGAAACGGUGGAAGGUGGAGACUAACUCCCGGCUGGACUCUGUCCUCUUGUUGUCUUCUGUCAAUCUGCCUGGAGGAGAGCUGAGGAGACGAUCAGCAGAAGACGAGCUCACCAUGAGAGAAUACCUUCAUGAGGGCGAUCUCAUCAGUGCAGAGGUGCAGUCUGUCUUCUCAGAUGGAGCCCUAUCCCUGCACACCCGUAGUUUAAAGUAUGGAAAAUUGGGUCAAGGAGUGCUGGUACAGCUUUCUCCUUCUCUGAUCAAGAGACAGAAAACCCAUUUCCACAACCUGCCAUGUGGUGCAUCCAUCAUCCUCGGGAAUAACGGCUACGUUUGGUUGUAUCCCACACCGGAGCAGCAGGAGGAAGAAGCUGGGGGCUUCUAUACCAGCAUGGAGCCUGUCAGUCUGUCAGAUCGAGAGGUGAUUUCACGGUUGAGAAACUGCCUCCUGGCUUUGGCUGCACACAAGGUCCUUUUGUAUGACACCAGUGUUCUCUAUUGCUAUGAGUCUUCAGUUCAUCACCAGGUUAAGGACAUCUUGAAACCAGAAGUGAUGGAGGAGAUUGUGAUGUUGACGCAACAGAAGCUGUUGGAUCAGGAAGGUUAAAGAGCACAAAUCCUUUUCCUGAUCAAACAGCUAUGUCAGGGACUGACCACCUAUGCGAGGACUGAACUGGCCUUUUUUCAAAGAACCAUUCCUAAUCUGACAGUCCUGUUGUACAGUUGAACAGCUCCAAAUUUAUUUUAUGUAACAAAAUUGACGAUUAUUGUUUGACUGCUUACGGGAAUUAUGGAUAUGUUCUUUAAAUUCUGCAGCCAGAAAUCACCAGAGAAGCUAUUCUUACAUUUGGUAUAGUGGAACAUUUUUGAUAAUGUGUGGUGUUAUACAAAAAAACUGUUGUAUCCAAUACAUUUUCUAUACAUUUCAGUA